AUAAAACAAAAACAACUCUACUUCUCCCAUAUUUACGUAAAAAUAAAAACUUGUAAAACAAAACAAAACUCCCCACAAAUUCCUCAAAGCAGAAAACUUGAUUUACAAAACAAGAUAACGUAUUAUUACAUCUGAAACAGCUAAUGCCUGCCUAGAUUCAAGGCCACAUGAUCCCACCAUUUCUCUACCUCUAUAAAACAAGAACCUCAUGCCCCCAACACCACCACACACACCAACAACACACACUACUACAUUGAGGGAUCACACACCAGAAGCCAUGCUCCGCCUCGUCUUGUCGGGCGUCGUCCUCCUCCUGCUCGCUACUCCGCAGGGGGCAGCCGCUGCCGGGCCAAAGCCCAAGAAGGUCAAGUGCAAAAACAAGAACUACCCUUCUUGUCUCAACAAGGAUCUCUACUGCCCCACUACGUGUGCUCGCGACUGCCUCGUCGACUGCAAGUCGUGCCAGCCCGUCUGCCCGCCCUCGCCUCCUAUUCCGCCCCCUAAAGUGAGCAAAGUCAAGUGCAAGGACAAGAACUACAAGAAGACUUGCAGCCAGCAGCUCCUCUGCCCCGACGCUUGUCCCUCCACGUGCGUGGCUGACUGUGUCUCGUGCAAGGCCGUUUGCCCCGCAGUUCCUCCGACUCCAGGCUACAGCCCGUCUCCCCCACCCGUGACUCCUCCUAGCCCACCUCCUUCAUCACCACCGGUGGUGACUCCUCCUAGCCCAACUCCUCCCCCACAGGAGGCGACUCCUCCUAGCCCAACUCCUCCGCCACCGGAGGUGACUCCUCCUAGCCUAACUCCUCCGCCACCGGAGGCGACUCCUCCUAGCCCAACUCCUUUGCCACCGGAGGUGACUCCCAGCCCUCCUCCAGUUGUUGCCGGAGUUAAGAGAGCUCGUUGCAGAAACAGGAAUUACCCGGACUGCUACCUCCAGGAGCACCCGUGUCCAGAAGAUUGCCCCGGAACUUGUGAGGUUGAUUGUGUCACUUGCAGCCCGGUUUGCAGCUGUGACAGGCCGGGAACAGUGUGCCAAGACCCGAGAUUCGUUGGCGCUGACGGGAUCACGUUCUACUUCCACGGCAAAAAGGACCAAGAUUUCUGCAUCGUCUCCGACACCAACCUGCACAUCAACGCUCAUUUCAUCGGUAGGAGAAAUGAGAACAUGGGAAGGGACUUCACCUGGGUCCAGUCGCUCGGGAUCCUCUUCGACGACCAUCAGAUCUCGAUUGGCGCCAAGAAGACAGCUACCUGGGACGAUGCUGUCGACCGCUUGGAACUCUCGUUUGAUGCAUCACCUGUCUUCCUCGGCAAGGGCGAGGGCGCAAGAUGGCAACCGGAAUUCGCGCCCGGGAUAAGCAUCACCAGGUCCCUCGACACGAACGCAGUGGUGAUCGAGGUGGAAGGCAACUUCCAGAUCAAAGCAGCAGUUGUUCCCAUCACCAAGAAGGAUUCCAUGAUUCACAACUACGGGAUCACAGACGAGGACUGCUUCGCCCACCUUGAUCUCGGGUUCAAGUUUUACUCGUUGAGCGGUGAAGUGAAGGGAGUCCUGGGACAGACAUACGCAAGUAACUACGUCAGCAGGGUGAAGAUGGGAAUCAGCAUGCCUGUUUUGGGAGGACAGAGAGAAUUCGCAUCUUCGAACCUCUUCUCCACGGACUGCGACGUCGCUAGGUUCAAGGGGACGCAGCUCAUGAGUUCUUCGAACAAUUUUCAGCAUGCAAGCUUAAACUGUGCAAACGGCCUUGACAGCCGUGGAGUGGUGUGCAAGAGAUAAGUCAGUUUCAUCGACACUAUUUGAGGCCACUAAAUGUUAUCCUUGAAUCCGAUCUCCUUUGAUCGAUUCCAGCUUAACCGUGUUCCUGUGCUACAAGAAGUUAUCUUGUUAAUGUAACAAAUUCUAUAUUGGAUUUAACGUCCGUUUCUUUCC